UCCGUGACGGACGGGGAGGAGGUGCUAGGCUGUUUGCUGGUUGCUAGCUGCGGCUGCUCGCCCGGCCUCCCGGCCGUUUCAUUGUCACCGGGCCUCGGAGUCAGCGCCGGGGCCGGGGGCGUGAAGUCGCCGGCCCGAAGCCUGGGCCCCGCCGGUCCCCGCCUGGAGGGCCCCGCGCACCCCUCGCCGUUCGGCCCCGCAGGCCCAGAGUCCCAGGCCCGACCCGCGCAGGGCCUACUUGUCCACCAUGAAAGGCUCCAGGGCCCUCAGCGGCCCCUCCGGCCCUCCCGAGGGCAGCCCGGAAAGCAUGGACCUGAGUCUGACAGGCCUCCCUCCGCCCAUGUCCCGGCGUCCCAACAGUGCCUCCACCGCCAAGCCCAUCGCCCGCUCCAUCUCUGUGGUCACUGGCAGCGAGCCAAGGAGGAAGAUGCUGGAGGCCCCAGGGCCCGGAGGCUCCCGGGCCAUCAGCAACCUUCGCAGAUCUAACAGUGCCACGCAGGUCAACCAGCCACAAGCCAACCAGGCAUGGCCUGGCCCCCUAAGGCCAGAAGAGCCCCCAGACUUCCUGACACUCUGCGAGGGCAGCCCCGGUGGGAGAAAGAGGCCUGCCGGUCUGAGCAAAGCUUCCAGCGAGAAGGGAGCCACGUGGAAUGUCCUGGAUGACCAGCCCAGGGCCUUCACCUUGCCACCCGAUGCCCAGAGUCCUGGCACCCUCGACGUGCCGGUGGGCCCACGGAGGAGAGAGUGCACGGUGCCCCUGGCCCCCAACUUUACCGCCAACAACAGGAGCAACAAGGGCGCCGUGGGCAACUGCGUCACCACCAUGGUGCACAACCACUACACCCCCUCGGAGAAGGUGCCGCCUCCCAAGAGCUCCAACCACAUGGCUCCCUCCCUCAACAACAUCAUCAAGGCAGCCACGGACGAGGGCGAGGGCAGCAGCCUCGGGAAGCCGCAAAAGAACGCGGCCCGUAGCAACCACACGGUCCAGAACAACUCGGGGGGCACCGCCGGCCAGCUCAGACGGAAGGAGGUGACCGAGGAGGAGGCUGAGAGGUUUAUCCACCAGGUGAACCAGGCCGCCAUCACCAUCCAGCGCUGGUACCGACAUCAAGUGCAACGGCGCCGAGCUGGAGCCGCCCGCCUGGAGCACCUGCUGGCGUCCAAGCAAGAGGGGCAGCGGCAGCGGCUAGGAGAGGGGACCCUCCUGGACCGGCACCAACAGAAGGAGGUGGCCAGGAGGAAGGCCCGGGAGGAGAAGGCGCGCCAGGCCCGGAGGGCAGCCAUCCAGGAACUGCAGCAGAAGCGAGCCCAGAAGUCAGGUAACGCUGACCUUGGGCUGCUGAAGGGGCCGGGGGAGCCGGGGAAGCCCCAGACCACCCAGGAGCCCAGCCUGAGGCCGGGGAGCGCCGCCCAGCAGACCCGCAAGGCCAAUAACACUGGGACUGGCCUCCGCACUGUGGGCCCGGAGGACCCCUGCCAGCCUGCCCGCGACUCAUCGCCAGAGCCCCGGCAGCUUCCAGAGGACAAGCCUCAGGAUGCCAGCUCCCAGGACAUGGCUGGCGAGGGCCUGGAAGCUUUGGGCCCUGCUGGGAGCAGGGCCAAGUCCAGGGCAACCCUGGACGAGCUGCUGGACACGCUGAAGCUGCUGGAGCAGGAGCCUGAGCCGCUGCCCCGCCCCCAGGCCUACCACAAGGACAAAUACGCCUGGACUGACGAGGAGGACGAUUCCAGCUCCCUGACAGCCGACAACCUGGAGAAAUUUGGGAAGCUGAGUGUGGCUGCUUGCCCCCGCGAGGACGGGCCCCUGCUUUCGGAGGCCAAGCUGCAGAGUAUCAUGAGCUUCCUGGAUGAGAUGGAGAAGUCUGGGCAGGGCCCGCCGGCCUCGGCCCCCCAGGUGUGGAGGGGUCUCCAGGGGCCCGUGCCGGAGGAGGGGCUGGGGCGCCUGGAGCCUGCGUCCGAGGUCAGCACAUCGGUGAUGCGGCUGCAGCUGGAGGUGGAGGAGAAGAAGCAGGCGAUGGUGCUGUUGCAGAGGGCGCUGGCGCAGCAGCGCGACCUCACCAUCCGGCGGGUCAAAGAGACGGAGAAGGAGCUGGGUCGGCAGCUGCGGCAGCAGAAGGAGCACUACGAGGCCACCAUACAGCGGCACCUGUCCUUCAUCGACCAGUUGAUCGAAGACAAGAAGGCUCUGGGUGAGAAGUGUGAGGCCCUGGUGGCCGAGCUGAAGCAGGGGGACCAGAGGCUCAAAGACAAGGAGGCCCAGAUGCGGGAGCAGCACGAGCUGGAGAUUAAGAAACUCAAAGAACUCAUGAGCGCCACCGAAAAAGUCCGCAGGGAAAAGUGGAUCAAUGAGAAGACCCGGAAGAUCAAGGAGAUCACGGUCAAAGGCCUGGAGCCUGAGAUCCAGAAGCUGAUCGCCAAGCACAAGCAGGAGGUGAAGAAGCUAAAGAGCCUGCACGCGGUGGAGCUGCUGCAGGCGGACGAGCGCGCGGCCCAGCGCUACGGACGCCAGGCGGAGGAGCUCCGCGAGCACCUGGAGCGGGAGAAGGAGGCGCUGGGCCGUCAGGAGUGGGAGCGUGCCCAGCAGCGCUUCGAGCAGCACCUGGAGCAGGAGCAGCGGGCUCUGCAGCAGCAUCGGCGGCGGCUCUACAACGAGGUGGCCGAGGAGAAGGAGCGGCUGGGCCAGCAGGCCGCCAGGCAGCGGGCGGAGCUGGACGAGCUGAGGCGGCAGCUGGAGGAGAGCAGCUCGGCAGGGGGCCGGGCCUUGAGGGCCGAGUUUGAGAAGGGGAGAGAGGAGCAGGAGCGCAGGCACCAGAUGGAACUGAAGGCCCUGAAGGACCAGCUGGAGGUGGAGAAACAGAUGUGGGAGGCCAACUCCGCCAAGAAGGAGGAAGCGUGGCUGCUGAACCGGGAACGGGAGCUGAAGGAAGAGAUCCGGAGAGGCCGGGACAAGGAGAUCGAGCUGGUCAUCCACCGGCUGGAGGCCGACAUGACGCUGGCCAGGGAGGAGAACGAGCGGGCCGCCGAGAGCCGGGUCAAACGCCUCCGGGAUAAGUAUGAGGCGGAGCUCUCAGAACUGGAACAGUCGGAGCGGAAGCUCCAGGAACGGUGCGCAGAGCUGAAGGGGCGCCUUGGGGAGGCCGAGGGGGAGAAUGUGCGUCUGCAGGGCCUGGUGCGGCAGAAGGAGAAGGAGCUGGCGGAUGUGAAGGCGGUAAAUGAGCAGCUGGCUGGCGAGCGCAGCAGCCUGGCCCAGGUCCUUCGCCAGGAGUUCGCUGACCGGCUGGCAGCUUCUGAGGAGGAGAACCGGCAGGUCAGGGCCGAGCUGGCCGAGCUGCGGGCCCGCCAGCGGCUGGAGCUGGAGCAGCUCACGCGGGAGAAGCAGGCGGAGCUGGAGGAGGUUCACGGGAGGGUGAAGCUGGCCCUGGCAAAGAAGGAGGAGGCCGUUAGCAGCCUCCGGAAGCAGCACGAGGCCGCGAUGAAGAGGGCCGACCACCUGGAGGAGCUGCUGGAGCAGCGCAGGCGGCCGUUCCCGAGUGCCAAGUGACCGCCGACAGCAGCAGGCUGGGGGCGCCUGGCGGGAAGUGCUCUGGCCGCCCCUCAGGUGGAGCACCGAGGCUACGCCGUAACAGUAAAGAGCUGUCUUUUAAUA